AUCACCUACAUCCACAAACAUCCCAUCCGUGUCCAUGGGCGUCUCACAAGUGAGGUCUGCAUGAUUGAUUCUCGUUUCUCCGUUAAGGUCGGACACUACGGCCUCCCUACCAUAUACGACACUGUUAAACUGGAAGGCAAAGAGUCGAGCUCGGCCAAAGGUGAGGCUGACUUUUAAAAAAAUCUAGUUCUGAUUUUUUCGAAUGGGAAUACUAAGAAAUAAAUCUUUCACACAAGUGCCUAUUUACAGAAGUCAUCAAAAUGGACCAAAAUUGUAAUGUUUAUGUUUAUAUAACGUAGCCUGUUUGUGGACAUUUUUUUUAAAAAUCUUCCUAGUAUUUAUAUUACGUCCAUCCAUCUCUGUGGCGCUACAGCCCAUGUAGGGCUUUUGGCCUGCCUCACCACUUCCUUCCACUUAAACCUAACUAAUGCCUUUUCUUUUCCAUGCUUGGAUUCCCAGCUUCUGUAGAUCUUUUUUCACGCCAACCUUGUAGUAGGUAUAUUAUGUCUUAAUGUAAUUGGUUUACUUAGGUUUUUUCUUUUUUUUUCUCUUCUUUUUUUUUCUUUCACAUGUAUGACAAAUGUUCUCCGCGUUUAAGAAAAUUUCUGGCUGGCCCCCGAACGACUGAGGUACAGAGUUAGUGCCACCCAAGAGGGAGACGUCUAUAGUCUGGCGAUCAUCAUCUCUGAGAUCUUGACAAGGGAGGAGCCGUACAGCCACUACAAUGAUUUCUUAACAACGCAAGGUAAAACUUGAUGAUUGGCGGCCAGUCUCAAGUUUAACGUUUGAAACUAUGGCUUGACAGGGUGCGGUUUUUUUUGUUGUUGUUUUUUUAACCGGGUCCAGGUAUUUUACGAAAAUACCCAUGUGGGUCCAACUAUUAAUAAACAAAAGGUUAAAUUCUCAUUUUUUAAAAAUAAUAUAUGCCGGCCUUUAAACAAAGGGCCUUCAAUCAGCACUACACAAUACCCGUGACUCAUUAUUGAUUAAUAUAAUAGUAGCCUUCCUCUAAAGCAGUGGUUCCCAAACUGACAAUCAACAUUGAUGCACCAUUUGUUGAAAUCAUAUUGUGCUAUCUUUUAAUUUUUUUUAAAUUUUCUCGAAUGAGCAACAUUGCUUUAAGUACGAAACCAUGAGUUUUUCGUUGUCUGUACCCAGAUUUUUGAUUUGUUGCGAAAGUGCGCACUUGCGCUAAGUCAGAUUAACACCAAAAACCCUUAUCGUUUACUCUUCUCUUUUUACUGAAAAUAGAAAUAAAAUAAAGGUCCUGGUCUUUCUUUGAAGUAUAUUUUUUUAAAGGCAUUUCCAAAUUAUCCCCAGGGCCCCCUUUGAGUGUCUGAGUGCCCCCUGAAAUUUCCAAGACUUUCAGACAACCCCACGGCCGCCUGGAGACUCUGAGAACCACUAGUUUACACACGCAGUCAUAGCACUGCAAAAAUUUAAAAAAAAUUAAAUGAAUUUUUUUUAAAAGUAAAACAGUAAAAACAAUCCUAAUGUUUUGUGUUUUUUUUUAUUUUUAUUUUUUUUACUAAUUGAAUCAGAGUUACUGGAUAAGAUUGUGAUGGGGAGAGAUCCACCGUUUCGCCCUGCUGUGACGGCACCCCCAGAUCUAGUACCACUGGAGACGCUUAUGAAGCAAUGCUGGGAUGAAACGCCACAGAAGAGACCUUCAGUCAGUAAGAUCUCUGGCGUUCUACAAGGGUUAAUGAUGUAAGCGAUGUUUUAGGAAAAUCAAUGUAAGCGUAUCGGUCUUUCUUUCUUUCUUUCUCUCUCCCUCGUUUUUUUUCUCGUUUUCUCUCUCUCUCUCUCUCUCUCUCUCUCUCUCUCUCUCUCUCUCUCUCUCUCUCUUUCUUUCUCUUUUUCUCUCUUUCUCUCUCUCUCUUUUUUUUUUUUUUUUUUUUUUUUUCUCUCUUUUUUUUUUUUUUUUGUAAGAUCUCUGGCGUUCUACAAGGGUUAAUGAUGUAAGCGAUGUUUUAGGAAAAUCAAUGUAAGCGUAUCGGUCUUUCUUUCUCUCUUUCUCUCUCUCUCGUUUUUUUUCUCGUUUUCUCUCUCUCUCUCUCUCUCUCUCUCUCUCUCUCUCUCUCUCUCUCUCUCCCUCUUUCUUUCUCUUUUGCUAUCCUUCUCUCUCUCUCUUUUUUUUUAUUUUUCUGUCUUUAGCUCUCUCCUUUUCUUUCUUUCUCUCUCUCUCCAUCAUUCUUUCUCCUUCUCUCUCUUUCUUUCUCCCUCUCUCUUUCUCUCUCUUUAGCUCACUCUCUCUUUCGCUCUAUUUAGAUCUCUCUCUUUCUUUUUCAAUCUCUCCCUCUUUCUUUCUCUUUAUCUCUCUCUCUCUCUCUUUCUUUCUCUUUCUCAUUCUUUCUUUCUCUCUCUCUCCCUCUUUCUUUCUCUUCCUCUUUCUCCUUUUCUUAUUCUUUCUCUCUCUUUCUCUCUCUUUCUCUCUCUCUUUCUCUCUCUUUAGCACUCCUCUCUCUCUCUUUCUAUCUCUCUCUUUCUCUCACUCUCUCUCUUUCUCUCACUCUCUCUCUUUCUCUCACUCUCUCUCUCUCUUUCUCUAAAUAUGUCUCUCUCUUUCUUUCUUUCUCUCGCCCUCUCUACUAAAAUACAUCUAACCCAAUCUCCUUUCUCAUUAAUAUUACACUAAACGCACGUCUCUUUGAAGGAAAAUCAACACUUCUGGCAAUCUCCUGGACAACCUGCUCCAGAGGUUAGAAAAAUAUAGCAGCAACUUGGAGAAAAUUGUGGACGAGAAAGUGGAUGAACUCAAAAGAGAAAAACAGAAAUCGGAGGAGCUGCUCAGACAAAUGUUGCCCAUGUAAGUGUUUAAUUAGCAUGAUGUCUGCUCAGACAAAUGUUGCUCAUGUAAGUGUUUCAAAUAAAAUGAUUUGUGGUAAGAAUCAAACAAUCUGUAAAAAAAAAGAGUUUCGUUUAAAUCGUUGAUAAAAUGUAAUAUGGAGCUAUGGGGGUGGGGCUGAGAAUUUGACAAAACAUGCAUACAGGUUACCGCAUAUUUAUUUCACCAUCUAUUUCAGAAAAAACAAAAGAAAAUAUAUAAUAUAAUAUCACUUAGCGUAGUUAUCUGCGAUUUAAAGAUGUCUGUCAAAGGGACAUGAAAGCAGCCAAAAUACAUACAAGUGACUGGGAGUGUAAGGCAAAAGACCGAUCUACGUGGCGCACAGUUGUCAAAGAGGGCGUCAUGGUAGCCGAGGAACGAAGAAUGGAAGAGGCUGCAGACAGAAGAGCUAGGAGAAAGGCCAAAACAUUUGGAAGCACGGAACUCGUGUGUAAAAACUGUGGUAAAGACUGUCACUCAAGGAUAGGACUGCACAGCCACUCGAGAAAAUUCAACCCAAACCAACGGUGAUGCACCAUCGUCUCACGAGACGGAAGGAUGCCGGAUAUAGUUAUCAGAAAUUUUAGUUUCUGAAAUCAGUGCAUUGUAUUUCCAUCAUCUCCCCCUUGAAAAAUAGGGAAAAAAACUGAUUUUUGGGGUUUGGGGGUCGGCAGAAAAUUUUUUAGAAUGUAUUGUCAUCGACAACGACUCUAUGUGCCUAUUGUCUGCUCGAUAGGUUGACGGGAACUGGGUCAUUUAGGCGACUGAAGAUUUUGCAUCCACAUACACAAGAAUACAAGUGAAGUUAAUAUAAAGGAUUCAUUAAAAAAAAAAAAAAAAAAAAAAAAAUAAAAAGUAAGUAAAAAAAAAAGAAUUAUUAAAAAAAAAAAAAAAAAAAAAGAAAGCAGAUUUUACGUUUAAGUCUUCAAUUGAAUGAUGACUGGUUAGACAGAGGUCCUAGUUUUUUUCUACAUCUAAGUGUUAAAAUAACAUGAUUUCUAGUCUGACAAAGAUUCUACAUCUAAGUGUUAAAAUAACAUGAUUUCUAGUCUGACAAAGAUUCUACAUCUAAGUGUUAAAAUAACAUGAUUUCUAGUCUGACAAAGAUUCUACAUCUAAGUGUUAAAAUAGCAUGAUUUCUAGUCUGACAAAGAUUCUACAUCUAAGUGUUAAAAUAACACGAUUUCUAGUCUGACAAAGAUUCUACAUCUAAGUGUUAAAAUAACAUGAUUUCUAGUCUGACAAAGAUUCUACAUCUAAGUGUUAAAAUAACAUGAUUUCUAGUCUGACAAAGAUUCUACAUCUAAGUGUUAAAAUAACAUGAUUUCUAGUCUGACAAAGAUUCUACAUCUAAGUGUUAAAAUAGCAUGAUUUCUAGUCUGACAAAGAUUCUACAUCUAAGUGUUAAAAUAACACGAUUUCUAGUCUGACAAAGAUUCUACAUCUAAGUGUUAAAAUAACAUGAUUUCUAGUCUGACAAAGAUUCUACAUCUAAGUGUUAAAAUAACAUGAUUUCUAGUCUGACAAAGAUUCUACAUCUAAGUGUUAAAAUAACAUGAUGUCCAGUCUGACAAAGAUUCUACAUCUAAGUUGUUAGAAUGUUCGAUUAGCUUUGAGGCUAAUCCUCUACCCAACUGCUAAGAUGCGUUGGUUUCUUACAAUACGGCAACUUACACAGACACACACCUAUAUAUAGAUAUAUAGAUAUAAUAUGUUAUAUAUAUUAUAUUAUAAACAUUAUUGAUGAACUGGUUUGAUCGAUCAAUAAAUGAGGUCACGUCUAUGGGGUGAGUGGGGCCUAGGGGAAAAAGGACGGAUGUGGAGUGCACAGAAGUACUUGGAAUGUUCUUGCUAGCGUCGCGUGUUGGGAUUUGAUUCCUAGAAACUCUCGAUUAUCUGUGGUGCAGGCUCACGGUUAGGUAAGCAGAUGUGAGGAACUUGGCGGACUCCUCGGAAUUGGCCACAGGGCUUAUCCUGUGAUGAAGUUGUUUCGGGCAAUACGGCAACCAGAUUAUUUAUGACAACCAGACUUUAUGACAGCCAGGCAAAUCGGCAACCAGGCUAUAUGACAGCAUUGCCCCUCCCCAAACUUAGUUUAAUAUCAAAAGAUCGAACUCGAUGACUAAAACUUACUAGGUAAAUAAAUUUGCCUAAGCUUUUGUUCUCAAACCAGUGGUCUCGAAGUGUGCUGAGAUUGGAAAGGAAAGUCCGUUCAUUCGUUUUAACACAGCAUAUAUUUUAAAAAGGUGGGGGGGGGGGGAAUUUUUAUCAUUGGUGGACCUCUGACCUCAAUCACGAGUGUUAUGUUUGACUCUUUUCCCCGUGCGUGAACUUUGCUUGACCCCAAAUUAGAUUCCCAGCACAUGCUACGUUCAUAGAUGGGCGUGGCUUAUUCCUUUUAUGUUACCAUGUUUACUUCCGACAGCAACUAAAAAUAAUUUAAUCUGUUCUCAAUUGUAUUUUGUAGAAUGUUGGCGAUUGUAUUAGAAAAGUAAAGACAUUUUUAGAAGCGUUGGUUCUACCGACGCAUAGAAAUUAAAAGGGGAUUCAGAGAUUCAUAGAGGGAGAAUCAGAUAGAUAUUUUUAACUCCACGAGAAGUGUAUUAUUCUUUGUGUGCUCAUAGGUGUUUAUUUCGCAUUCAUCAUUCAUCAUUCAUUAAUUGGCACAUUGUACUAAUUGUGUACCGGUACAAGAUUUUCACAUACUCUGUAAGUUGAUGAUUUGUAAUUAUAUUUAUUUUGUUUUGUAAUUGUAUUAUUACUAAAUUAAAUCUUAGUAAUUGUAACUGGCAACUGUUUUUGCAUGUCGUAUCUUUAUUUUUGUCUUGCUCUAUGGUAGCGUCCUUUGUUGUGCACUGUUUGAUCGAGCCAUAACUUAAAACUAGAGAUUAAUUUCUCACAAUAGAAGCCAGUGCGUAACACGAGUUUGAUCAUGGCUAAAGAAAUAACAUGCGCCUUUGUGGUCAAAAACUCUGUGAGCUCAAUAUAAAAAAAAAAUAAAAAAUAAAAAAAAAUAAUAAAAGGGGGCGGGGGUGUCCUAGAGGGUGCAUAUUGUUCACAAGUGUCAACGCUCCUUGUGGUUUUAGACUACCAUAGACAAUAAUAAGAAGUGGGGUUACUCUUUUUUUUUUUUUAAAUGGGGCGGUGUCUAACAAGAGUUUAAAUCUCAGAAACAGUUAGGGUCCAGCCUUUUAUUAUCACUUCACCUCAUCUAUUUUCAAUAAGGAAGUUGCCCUAAAAAUAUUGUUUUGUUUAAUGCCCGAAAAGACCCUUACCUCUUUAGAUUAUUCUUAUCUAGGCGGCUCUUUCUAUUCAAAACGUAGCUAAUGAAGGAGACGUAGAUUUAAAACUGGUCUUUUAUAACAAAAAUAUAUUUUUCACAGUCCGGUCGCUGACAGACUAAAAGACGGGCUGACCGUUGAACCAGAGUUCUACGACUGCGUGACCAUUUACUUCAGCGACAUUGUCGGCUUCACGACCAUCUGU